ACCUUCCCUGCCCUGUGGGAUACAUAGAGUAGAUACAUGCGUUUCCCAGAUCGAAAUCUACCCCCUCUUCUCCACCUCUUACGGCUAACCGGCGGCACUACGGCCUCCUCCUGCAAUUUGACUCCCACUCUCACUGCCACUCUCAACUCGGAUAACCGGCUUGGCGUCACCGGUGAGCGCCGAAGGAGCGGGACUCUGCCGGGACCUGAGUGGGACCAACUGAUGGAGGAGCGAGACUUUGUCGGGACCUGGUGAGACCAGCUGUCUUGCCCCUCUUGGGGGUGACGCUAAGGGUUUCUGAUGGGAAACCCGAUGCGGUCGUCAAACGUUGCAUUGUUUUUGCUGAGACUAUGCAUUUCUGUCGUCCUUGCUCGUCUUGUUUUCUUUUCAUCAUCAGCGCCAUCAUCGCCACCAUCACCAUCGACCGAGAACUUUAGUCCAAUUGAUCCCAUUUUUGUUCCUCACCCUCACCCUCACCCUCACCCGUUUUUGGGUCUCUCAAAGGUACAUACACAGCAGCUUUCUCUGGGGCCCGGGCACCUACUCUACCAUGGCAUGGGAUCGGCCGCAGAGUACCUGUAUAGGUAUCGACAUAGCAGUACAGUAGGGGGGGAUUUCAGCCGGGAAACAACGGUGGGUCCGUAUCAAUUUCGAUUUCGAUUUGACGACUAACUAGAGUUUACUAUAUAGUACUCUGAGUCUAGAGCAGUGCGAAGGACUUCACCCGGAUGCGAGUGCUCGAGACUCAAGAGUCAACCGGAGUUUUUGUAUCACCGACGGCCGGAUGUCACAUCCUUCGGCACGGCGGUUUCGUUUUCUCGGCUGGUUGUGGUAAGGGCGGGGCGGAGGAGGAGGUUGGUUCUGGUGGUCGUGGUGGUCGUGCUGGUGGUCGUGGUGGUCGUGCUGGUGGUCGUGGUGGUCGUGCUGGUGGCGGUGG